AUGCACUCCACCAGCCAAGCACUCCCACGCCAGACUUUGACGACGACAACGACGACACCACAACCUUCUCCGACACACCAGCACCACCAACACCGAGUAUCGCACCUCCACAGCCACUCAGCUACGCAGCCGUGGCAGCCUCAACCAGUCACCACGCCCUACCACUCCGUCCAUCAAUCUCUCUCCCCGCAGAUCAAGGACAAGUCAAGACACGAGCAGACGAGACACCACACACACGGCGCACACGAGCCUCCGGAGCAUUCGCACUCCAAAACAUACCGCAGGCCAUUCCCUAGGUUCUCCUACCUGCUGCGCCGGCUUACCAAACCGUCUCGACGCAUAUCGCAUACGUCUUCCGCCCCCUCGACUGUCUUGCUCUUCCCCGCAUUUCACAGGCACCACACCAUUCGCCGCACCGCACGGCACCUCACGCGCGCAACGGGUGUGAUAGCUGAACCAAGCCAAGGGGGAGGGGCGGACCACCAGCACCACCGCUGCCCUGCCGCCGCCGCCGCCGACCGCGACAUACACCUAGCACCCACCAUUCACGGACAGGACAGGACAGGCAGCUCCAGUGCAGCUCGAACAAGCAAGCAUCCACGCAUCACAUCGCAUCCAUCGGCCAUCCAGCCCUCCGUGCCUCCGAACCUACCUUUGACACCGGCACCAUCCACACCCAAGUUCCCGUCGAACCCUACCUACGCCUUAGCUCCGUCCCCUUGCUGGUGA